AUGGCCGGGGGGGCCAUGAAGUUCAACGGGUACAUGAAGGUGCGGAUCGGCGAGGCGGUGGGGCUGCAGCCCACCCGCUGGUCGCUGAGACACUCGCUCUUCAAGAAGGGCUACCAGCUGCUGGACCCCUACGUGGCAGUGAGCGUGGACCAGGUGCGGGUGGGGCAGACCAGCACGAAGCAGAAGACCAACAAGCCCACCUACAACGAGGAGUUCUCCGCCCCCGUCACCGAUGGCCGUCAGCUGGAGCUGGCCGUCUUCCACGACACCCCAAUCGGCUACGAUGACUUUGUGGCCAACUGCACCCUGCGCUUCCAUGACCUCUUACACACCACGGGCAAUGCUGACAGCUUCGAAGGCUGGGUUGAUCUGGAGCCAGAGGGAAAAGUGUUUGUGGUAAUCACUCUUACAGGCAGCUUCACUGAAGGAACCCUCCAGAGAGAGAGAAUUUUUAAAAAUUUUACUCGGAAACGCCAGAGGGCUAUGCGAAGAAGAGUACAUCAAGUCAACGGGCACAAAUUUAUGGCUACGUAUUUGCGACAACCAACAUACUGCUCCCAUUGCAAGGAGUUUAUCUGGGGAGUAUUUGGGAAGCAGGGAUACCAGUGCCAAGUAUGCACCUGUGUUGUACACAAGCGUUGCCAUCAUCUAAUUGUUACAGCCUGCACGUGCCAAAACAAUAUUAACAAGACAGACACCAAGGUUUCUGAACAAAGAUUUGGAAUCAACAUUCCCCACAAGUUUAGAAUCCACAACUACAAAGUACCAACCUUCUGCGAUCAUUGUGGUUCUUUGCUGUGGGGGAUAAUGCGACAAGGACUGCAGUGUAAAAUGUGUAAAAUGAAUGUACAUAUUAGGUGCCAAGCCAAUGUGGCACCCAACUGUGGGGUGAAUGCAGCAGAACUGGCCAAAACCUUGGCAUGCAUGGGCCUGCAGCCAGGAAAUAUUUCUCCAAAUUCGAAAUUACUUUCAAGGUCCACGCUGAGGCGCCAGGGAAAAGAAAGUCCAAACGAUGGCAACAGUGUGAGUGGAAGUUCAGCAAGCAGAUUCGGGAUCAAAGACUUAACCUUCAUCCGAGUAUUGGGAAAGGGCAGUUUUGGGAAGGUGAUGCUUGCCAAAAUAAAAGAGACCGACCAACUGUAUGCCGUGAAGGUGCUGAAGAAGGAUGUUAUUCUCCAGGAUGACGAUGUGGAAUGCACCAUGACAGAGAAGCGCAUACUGUCCCUGGCCAGGAGCCACCCAUUCCUCACCCAGCUUUUCUACUGCUUUCAGACUCCUGAUCGCCUGUUCUUCGUCAUGGAGUUCGUGAAUGGUGGGGACUUGAUGUUCCAUAUUCAGAAGUCCCGUCGGUUUGACGAAGCUCGAGCCCGCUUCUAUGCUGCGGAAAUUAUUUCGGCCCUCAUGUUUCUCCAUGAGAAAGGCAUCAUUUAUCGGGAUCUGAAGCUGGAUAAUGUGUUGCUGGAUCACGAGGGCCACUGCAAGUUGGCAGAUUUUGGCAUGUGCAAAGAGGGGAUUUGCAAUGGAAUUACUACCGCAACGUUUUGUGGCACACCAGACUACAUUGCUCCAGAGAUUCUGCAGGAGAUGCUCUAUGGUCCUGAUGUAGACUGGUGGGCUAUGGGGGUGCUGCUGUACGAGAUGCUAUGUGGUCACGCCCCUUUUGAAGCAGAGAAUGAAGAUGACCUCUUUGAAGCCAUUCUGAAUGAUGAAGUUGUUUACCCAACCUGGCUUCAGCAGGAUGCAGUACGGAUCCUGAAAGCUUUUAUGACCAAGAACCCCAACAUGCGCCUGGGCAGCCUGGCUCUGGGUGGAGAGAACACUAUACUGAGGCACCCCUACUUUAAAGGAUUGGAUUGGGACCUCCUGAACCAGCGCCAGAUGGAACCGCCUUUCAGACCUCGAAUUAAAUGCAGCGAAGAUGUUAGUAAUUUUGAUCCUGAUUUUAUAAAAGAAGAACCAGUUCUAACCCCCAUCGAAGAGGGGAUUCUUGCAAUGAUUAACCAAGAAGAAUUUAGAAACUUUUCAUACACUGAUCCAGAAUUACAGCCGUAG